AUGAACGGGCCUGCAAUGAAACCCAUGAGGAAGAGAAGGCGCCGUGUUCUCCAUAAAAAUAAAUGCGUGAGUUGCAGAAGGCUCAAAAUUAAAUGUGAUGAAGCAACUCCAAAAUGUGAGUAUUGUGAACAUACAAAUAGAGAAUGUGUAUAUCCAACUGAAAAGGAAUUGGAGGAGUUUGCACUAGUAGCGGCAGUUAAAACCGCAGCCUUGACAUCGACAAGAAGUGGUACCAGGUUGAACUCGACCACAUCCCAAAUGCAAAUCUCCAAGUUCGAAUUAAGACUAUUGCAUUACUUCAAUCAAAUUUACCUUAAUGAUCAGUCAGUUGAAAAUCCUGGCAUGGAAAGGAUUUGGAAAUUUGAAGUUCCUAUACUUUGGCAACAAUCCGAUUUGGUCAGACAUAGUGUAUUCCUGCUUACUGCGAUGAUUCUAUGGAACAUAUGCGAUUUAGAAGCAAUGUAUAAGGAGGAUUAUGACCCAAACGAAAUUCAAGGUCGUUCGGACUUCAGUAGUCGGAAUAGAAGUACCAGAAGCGAUAGCCAAACCGAAAGUAUUCAUAGUGCCAGUACUUCUUCUGAGCUCAGCAUUGAAUGUGAGGUGAGCUCAAAGUUUCCCUUGACGCCUGGGCAAAUUGAUGAAUUCAAGCAAACUACGAGAGAAGAAUUUGGCAUAGAUGCAGAUAAUGUGGAGCAAAUGAAGAAUUUGCUUUUCACUAAGCUGAAUGAGUAUUUCAUAAAAUGUCUUAAUCGAACUUACAAAGUGAUGGAAACUAUACAGCGACAAGAUAUGUCAGUGAAAAGUCAAUAUCAGGCUGCGGAAAUAGUUAUGUCGGGAAUACUAUUAUUUUCCUUCUUGGCACUUCAACCUCAUGGAUUGGUCCCACUUAUGACUUUUGACCCAAAAGUAACAGAUUUAGUUUCUAUGGUUAAAGGAAUGAAAGUGUCAAUGGGAAAAUCUUUCCCCCUCCUAUUUAAUUCAGGAUACAGUGGUCUUUUCCACGCCAGUGAACAUUUAUUUCCACCUACAUUUACGGAAGAUGAUUCUUACCCGAUCUGCGAAAACUUGAAGAGUAAUUUGGAGGAAUACUUGGAAGCAAAGUCCAUCGUUGCUGAGGAGGAAAGAGGUCAUUUCAGAGAGGCACUCCGUUUAUUAGAUAUCGUGUUUUACAGAACAAUUGAGAUGAAGAAUCCUCUGCCGAUAUUAAGGUAUAUUUUCCUCUUUGACCACUGGAUACUCGAUGAUGCAAAGCAAAAUAAGAAUGUCUUUUCUUUAAAAAUAUUAUUCACAUAUGCAGCGCUAUGUUUAAUGAGUAAACUACGACUUUUCUCUGAGGCAAAUAUCUAUCUCGAUUAUUUGCAUUGGUACAAAGAGCUCAAUAUGGAACUUUUUGGAGACUGGCGAUAUCCUGACGAUGAAGCAUUCUAUGACUUGAUUGCUAUUAAGGGACUUGUAAUUGAUAACAAGAAUUUUGAUGUGCUAAAGACUUUCGAUCCAUUGAUAUAUAGUAUUGAAAACUAG